UGAAAUGAAAUCAUCUCAUACAAACAACAAUAACGAAACUAAAGCUGAGGUCAUGGCCCUCGAUUUACAUUGUAUUCUGCUGUAAUUUUAUAGGUAUUUUUGUAGCUAUCAUAACAGUGUAAUAGCCAUGUCUUUACGUGUUGGUCUAGGAGCUUCUCAAGCUGAUUUAGAUGUUCAAGGAGAAAUUGAUUUUGAUUUUUUUGAAGCGAGUGAUAAUACGAUUACCUCGAAUAGAAAUGCUUCUCUAGAAACUUCGACGGCUCUAAAAUCGGAGCAUCCUUUAUCUUGCAUUGCUUCUGAUCAUUUUGAAAACAGCUCUUCUUUAAAAAAUGAACCGGAACAUGCGAAAAGUGAUUUGAAUUCUGUACAGAUCACGGAAUCGAGCACAAGUUACAAUUACAAUAAGCCUCUAAUAACAGUGUCUUGUGAUGAUGUUACUGGAGUUGUUCAAAAAACAACAAUAGAAGCUGUCAUUCCUACACCUUUCAGUUAUAAAGACAACAAAUGUAGCGGCGUGAGAUCUUUAGAAACCAAGAAAAUGAAGAAAGCAUCAAGUCCAUAUUUGAAAAACAAAGUGUUCAAGGACGAUAUUGAAAUAUCUGACGACAGCUCUAUUUCCAGUAUGUCUUCCGAAUCCAUAUCGUCUCUAAGUGAAGAUUCAUUUGAAUAUAACGAUAGCGAUUCUAUGACUGAUGUCAGCGCUUUAGCAUCGCCAUAUACUAGCCAUAGCCCUACAAAUAAUGAUCAGAGAACCAAGCAAGAAAAUAUCACAAGUUGCGAUGAAAGUAACGGAGUUAAAAAGGAUGGCGUUAAAUUCGUUGAUGAUUUGGAUGGGCAAUUGUGUGCAAAAUGCAAAAACAUUGACUUUCAUGAAUUAGUGAAUGCUAUGAAUCGCCUUCAAAUGAAGCAAAAUAUUAAUAUAUGUGGAAGAAGUAAAAGUCCUGUAACACAUAAUGCAAAAUGCAGAAAAAACUUUUCCUUCAGUAAUGAGGAAGUGCGGAAAAUUGAUCUUGAUAACCAAGUUCUGUUGAAGAAAAUCGUAGCCCAACAGAAUAGACCAAAAUCUAAUUAUUUGCCUGCAUCUCAAAUUCGCUCUUCAUCAGCAGUUAACAGGCAGAAACAACAUCGUCAAAUAGAAUUAGAAAAUUUGGCACUUUUGAAAAGAUUGGAGUCCACAAAAGCUUCCCGAAGUCUAAGUCGAUCCCAUUUGCUUCGCGAUUACGAACGAAGAUCAUCCGGAGUAUUAUCGAGAGCAUCGUCCCGCUCUUCAUAUCCCAGCAGCUGCCAAGUUUCUCUGAGGCACUCAAAUUUGUCUUCAGGCCGCUCCAGUUCGAUUAAUAUGAAGUCACCCAGUCACACUUCUUUAUUUCGCUCACGCUCAGCCACAGCCAAUUAAUUUAUACAGAAAAAAUCCUUUCGUAUACUCAUAUUUUGUAAUUCAGCCGUAUGUUGAAAGCAGUUAGACAGUAGUUUCUUUUUAUAAUGAAGUUGUUUUAAAAAUGUCUGCAAGUUAAAAUUUUUAUAAAAAUAUGUGUGUCAUCCAGAUGAAAUCAUUAUAUUUCUUUUGAAAUAUACUUAGUUUCCGUUGCCUUUUCAUUGAAACUUUACAAUGCACCUGUCUUUUUUUUAUCUUCUUAUUUAUUUCUUUGAUUUUAAAUGUAGGGAACAGUGGCAGCUCAUGCAUUUGUAACUUGGGAUGCAUAACCUAUUCUACAUUCAACACUAAUCUAUUUUCCUGUAAUUUAAAAUGAAUGCCCUUUGCUUAUUGUAUCGAUGCAGUAAUAGAAAUCAAUACUUUUUUUUCCGCUAAGAGGUGUAAGUUUUUUUGGCUAUGAUUUCCCUUGAUAUUGUAUAUUCUAAAAAAAUCUAAUUAGAUAAUUCAUAUUGCAUGUAAACUUUAAAUAAAUUAGUGAUUUUACUCGUAAGCUCAAAAAAGUCAGAGAGGUGCUUCAAUUCCAUAGUGCCUCCUCUGUAUGUGCAACCCUUGUGUUAGAAAUGCAGCAAGAUUGAUUAAAAAUGAAUAAGUCCUGAAUGUAUUGUUUUAAUGUUAAAAACAUUUUUCUAAAUUAUCUAGAUUUUUUUUGUGGUCAUUUUUAAAUGAAAUGGAAACUGAAAUUUCAUUAAUUGUUUUCUGAACAGUAAGUUUAUAAGAAUAUGUAUUAUGUAUAGUUGAAUUCACCAUAAAGUAUUUAUUCUUAUCUACCUUUUCUUUAUAAUGUUGUUUGUUAAUUCUCCUAAUUUAGAUAAGGAAUCAUGCAUCUACAAUGUAUAAAAGUGAAAAAAUUUCAUAUGUUUCAAUACAUGUCUCUGUAUAACUCUUUUGUAUUAAUAAAGCUGUGUUGUGUAAUUCUGGGAACAAUCUUAAGCAAUAUUUUGAACAAAGAUAUUCACAAGUAUAUUUAAGGUAGAAGAAUUUUAG